GCCACGGAGGUCCAGGUUCCCUGUCUUCCAUCUCCGCACCUCUGCCCUGACUCCACCCAUUGGAUGGCACCCAGGGGCUGUGUGAUAAAGGCUGAAGGUGGUUUGAAGCUAAACACAAGGUCGAAGGCAACACAUUUGAGGCCCGCUAAUACAUUUUUAGAUAUGUUUUAUAACUUUCUAAUAUUCUAAAAUGCCAAUGUAAUUUUGUUUUCCAUCGGGCUCCCUCUGGGCUCCAUGUCCCUUCUGUCUCCCCCGUCCCCUUACAGCUCCUUUACCACUGCGCCCUUGGGGUUUGUGGCCCUCCAGUUUGCAUCAGGAGAGUCUUCUUAGACCCCAUUCGACCAUCCAGCACCCCCUACACACAGGCUUCCUCGACUCUUGCAGGACCUCCCUCUCCCAGCACUCUUGCCUUGUCGGUCCACCCAUAGCCUCCAGAUCGGUUUCCCUCCACUUCGUCCUUAAGUUACUCCAGCGCCCCCUCUGGACAUCUCCUCGACCUUCCUGUCCAUCAUCCACUGCCAUGCCUCCAGUUCUCCCUCCAGGACCACUCCUCACUGUCCAUCAUCCUCCUGUAGGACUCCAGCGCCCCCUCAGGACCCCAUCUCUCCCUAUCUGUCCAUCAUCGCCCCCAAGACUCCACCCCCUCCCAGGAUUCCAUUUUUUCUUCUCUGUCCAUCAUACCGCCCCCAAGGACUCCAGCGCCCCCUUGGGGUCCUGUGUCCCUUACUCUACUCCAUCUCCACCAUCUUCCUCUCCUUGGCUCCACCCCUUUCCCGCCAGCACCUGCGCAGGGCUCUCGUCGUCGUCGUCGAGGGAGGUGGUGGCAGCUGCCUCUGCACGAAGAGCAACUUAGCACGAGGUGGCAAGGUGACAGCCACGCGGUCAACAGUCCAGGCCCUGCCUCCACGGGGACAUCACCAUGGCUGCCGCUGAGGUCCCUGUUCCUUCUGGGCACUUCACCCAGAUCAAAGAGCAGAAGUUGAAGCCUGGAGACCUGGAGGAGGAAAAAGAGGAGGGUGGGGUACAAAGAGGGGAAGCCCAGGAGGGAGACGUCGAGGAGGCCGAAGCCGAGCCCCAGGAACUGCCUUCGAGGGCCCCAGUGGAGAGCGAUAGGCGGAUCCUGACCCUGCAAACCCUGCACCUGACGUCCCAAGAUGUGCACCUACAGGGGCUGGGAUGGCUGAGCGUGCCACACUCGGAGGAGCUUUCAAUGACGGUAUCUCAGGCCGAAAGCAUACUGCAGCUGCCGUCUGUGCUGUGGCUGGACCCAGAGCCCCCGCUCAGCCUUCAGCACUGCGUGACCGUCAGCAUCCCUGAAGAGCUGUACCCACCAGAGAUGCUGGAGCUGAGACAUUUUCACCUGCUGCGCGAGAACGUGCCGGAGGACGACGAGGAGAACCAAGAGUCAACGUCGAACUUGGAGGAAAGCAAGGCCCCGAAGAAGCCAGAAGAAGAUGAAAAGGACCAGCUCUUGCCCCAGGCAGGGACAGAGAAGAAAGAAGAGAGAUUCCUCUUUGUGGAAAUGAAACCAAGAGAAGGGAAAGACGAAAUCGUUCUGACCAUUUCCCACCUCAGCCUGGAGGAACAGCAAGAUCCACCAGCUGCAAAGCACACCAGUGCGCCGCGAGCAAAACCAAAACCUCAAAGGCAGACCAAGGGAAAACCCCGGACCUUCCAGUGCGACACCUGCCCAUUCACUUCCUCCAAACUCUCAACUUUCAACCGUCACAUCAAAAUUCACAGCGAUGAGAGGCCGCACCUGUGCCACCUGUGCCUGAAGUCUUUCCGGACUGUCACUCUCCUCCGGAACCAUGUCAACACCCAUACAGGGACCAGGCCCUACAAGUGCGGGGACUGUGACAUGGCGUUUGUCACCAGCGGAGAGCUCGUGAGGCACAGGCGUUACAAACACACGCACGAGAAACCCUUCAAGUGCUCCCUGUGCAAGUACGCCAGCGUCGAGGCAAGCAAGCUGAAGCGUCAUAUCCGCUCACACACGGGCGAGCGUCCCUUCCAGUGCGGCCAGUGUGCUUACGCCAGCAAGGACACCUACAAACUGAAACGCCACAUGCGGACACACUCAGGUGAGAAGCCGUACGAAUGCCCCACCUGCCAUGCCCGGUUCACCCAGAGUGGGACCAUGAAAAUCCACAUAGCGCAGAAGCAUGGCGAGAAUGUGCCCAAACACAAGUGUCCCCACUGUGCCACCAUCAUUGCGAGGAAGAGUGACCUGCGUGUCCAUUUGCGCAACCUGCACGGCCACAGCCCCGAGGAGAUCAAGUGCCGAUACUGCCCUGCCGCCUUCCACGAGCGCUAUGCCCUCCUUCAGCACCAGAGGACCCACAAGAAUGAGAAGAAGUUCAAGUGCAAACAGUGCGAAUACGCGUGCAAGCAGGAGCGAUGCUUGACCGCGCACAUGCGCACGCACACGGGAGAGAGGCCUUUCUCCUGCCUGACCUGCAACAAACACUUCCGGCAGAAGCAACUGCUCACCGUGCACCUGAGGAAGUACCAUGACCCGAGCUUCGUCCCCAGUGUGCACCUGUGCCUCAAGUGUGGUAAAGGUUUUUCCCGCUGGAGCAACCUGCAGAGACACAGAAAGAAGUGUGACCCAGAGCAUGAGAAGUCAGCCCACUCCAGAAAUGGAAGACCAGUGACAAGGGCUCAGGCCUCUGAGGGAGGAGCAGAACAUGACGAAGAUGUUGCCACCCAGGAGAGCGCCACCUCAGGAGAAACUCGGUCCCCUGAAGAGCAGGCUCUGGGCCACCAAGGAGAAAGCGCGGCUGGGAGCCCGAGCCCAGAUCAAGGCCUCACCUGUGAGAUGAUCUUCAACAUGAUGGAUAAGUGAGCAGCCGCUGUUCCGUGCUGCAACCUCUGGGGGAGAAACAAGUUAGAAGUUCCCAGCGCGCAAUCACGUGUUCCCAGAGUUUGAGGUAGUGUGUAGAAAUGUUUGAAGAAACAAAAAGACCCUGCAGGUUUUCCCUAAAGACUAGAGUCAGAGCUUGGAGGGAAGGCACACUUCUGCAACGUGGGUGCAUUCUCUGGGCACUAGCAGCUGGCCCGGCGUGAGCCAGCGACAGAUUGUAGGUAACACUUAUUUCCACAGGAGCUCAGACCAGUUAAGACCUAGGUGGUUAGAGCAGAAAACCUUUAGUUGUAUCCACCCUUGACAUUUCUUAUAUAUGUAAGUACACUGUCGCUGU